UGCCACCGUGGUGUGCCCAUGGAGGAUUUUUGAGCUGCUGCCAGUUCUAAUUAUCUUCAUGUUCUGUGAAUUUAAAGUUGUGGCAGCAGUGCCUGAAGAUAUGACAACAAGCUUUGAUCCUAGUGAGCCAUCAUUAGAAUCGCUGAUAUGUGUGGUUGCCAUUGGACUGGUUACCAUUUUAUUUCUUUGGAGAGGAUACCGAUCAAUUCAAAGCCGACUUUAUUUGAGUAAAGAGAAUAGACUGGCUGUGGAACUUGCAAUGGAAAUCAAAAAGAAAUGUGAUCUAAUUGACAAAGUGUGCCUUGCUCAAGAGGAGUAUGAAGGCUUAGAGUCAUCCUUAAAGGAGGCCAACUUUGACAAGGCAUCAACAGAAGUACAGAGUUUGAAGGUAAAAAAAAACUUUCUAUUUUAGGCAACUUAUAAAAAUCUAGAAAGAGAUAAAUCUAAACUUGAAGAAGAAAUAUUACUUAUAGAGAAGAAACUAGAAGAAGAGAGAGCUAAGCAUUAUGAAGAAGAGAAAUUGAUGAGUGACCUUUCAAAAAUGAUCCAGUCUCUAGCAGAUGAAUCACAGUCUGUCAAAUCACAGCUAGCUGAAGCCAAAACCACACUAAGAAUAUUUGAAAUAAAUAAAGAACGACUUAAAGGAGUAAUAACAGAUACCUUGAAUGAAAAUUCUCAACGUCAGGAAAGUGUGCGUCAGUAUUUAGAAGAAGCUAAAGUCAUGAAAGAACAAAUGAAUCAACUCAAUAAACAGAAAACAGCAAUCGAAGUAUCCAAUGUACAGGCAGAGCAACGCCUAAAAGUUAAGGAAAAUCAGAUCAAGUCUCUGAUGGAGAGCCUGCUAAGGAUGAAAGACUGGAAUUCUGUGCUUGGGGAAGAUGUAACUGAUGAUGGUAAUCUGGAUGUAGAAGUGAACAAUGACUUAGAGAAUAACGUCAAGCUGGCCUGGAAUUCACCUUGGAGUCCAGGCUGGCCUUAUACUCAUGGGAAUCCCCUUGUCUUAGCUGUGAAAUGUAAUCAGCCUAAGGGAGCUUUGAGGAAGCUAAUAUAUGCUACUGAGUUAAGUGCUUCGUUAAAAACCCUAGAAGGAGACAGAAACCAAAUUUAUACUCAGUUAUCUGAAAUAGAUGCAACAAAUGAUGAUCUUACAGAGCAUAUGCGAAGUCUCAAGUCUGAACAAGUGUCUUUGCAGUCAGGUAAUACACAACUUGAAAUCGAGAAACAGAAGCUUCAAAGGAAAAUCACAGUGAUGAGGGAGCUGUACCAAGACAAUGAAAGGAUGCUUCACAGGAAAAUAACAGUGGAGGAAAAUUGUCGAUUGGAGAAAGAGGAAGAACUUUUCAAAGUCAACAAGAGAACCAACCAUGUGAACAAAGAACUAGACACCUAUAGACGGCGUGCCAAGGAUAUCGAAGAAGAAUUGGAGAGAACAAUUUGCUCCUAUCAAGUGCAGGUUAUGGCUCAUGAACAAAGGGAACAUGACUAUUGGCUGGAAGCUCGUGCUUUGGAAAGAAACGUCAAUGAAUUAAAGAGAAAAAAUGCUCUGAUGAAGGAAACGUUGCCCACCACUAGACCUCCUGAAAACAAUGCAGCUGGUCAUGGCUUGACUCCUCCACCUGUUCCCAGGCUUAGAGGCCCUAGAGGCUCUAGAGGUCCUAGAGGCCCUGCCUCUCAAUAUGAUCGAAGAGGCCGGAUCCCACCACCUCCUCCUCCAGGAAACAUCUGUAGAGGUCCUGGACAGUAUGUCCCACAAAAGAAAUUUGCAGGCCCACAGUUUCCUCCAAUGUCAGAUGCACCAGUCACUUCCACAUUGGAAUCUGGUAGCAGUGCCACCAAACAUGACCCUGUGAAGGCACCUUUGCCUAACUCUAGUCCUCCUGAAUGCAAUGCGGUUGGUCAUGACGUGAUUCCUCCACUGGAUCCUUUGGUCAGAAGUCCUAGAGGCCCUGCCUUUCCAGGGAAUCCAAGAGGCCCAAUCCUGCCUCCACCUCCUCCUGGAAACAUCUGUGGAGAUUCCGGACAGUAUAUCACACCCAGGGACUUUGCAGGCCCACCUUUCUCUCUAGUGCCAGGUUCUCAUGGUGCUUUGGGGACCCUAAUGAGGAAUACUAUUGUAUUUGUGUCCAGUUGUUCUCUGUACUGGCCAGGGGGAGUGGAACAUGUCAGGGUCACUUGGAUCUGGAAACAGUCGUGGGAUAAAAAGGCAAGUGUGCCCAACUAUGUCCCUGCUGAAUGCCAACCAGCUGGCCAUGGCUUGAUUCCUCCACUUGUUCCCAAGGUUAGAGGCCCUGGAGGCCCUGCCUUACCAGGUGAUCCUAGAGGACAGAUCCCACCAACUCCUCCACCAGGAAACACCUGUGCAGAUCCUCAACAUCAACCUGCACCAGAACCUCCAGCCUGCACUGGAACAUCUGGAGACAGAGGACACCUGACCGAUUCCUCGGCAUCCAUUUUCUUUUUAGAUGAAGUUUAG